ACAUUAUUAAUUUAGUUGUCAAUGAUGGAACUACCGCAUUAGCUUCCUUGAUAGAGAACUUAAGGUGCACUGUGAAGUACCUUAAGAAGUCUCCAUCUCGCAUGCAUAAGUUUGUAGAGAUAUGUAGAUCUCUUGCAUUGCAAAUUGGAGAAGGGAUGAGGCUUGAUGUGUCAACGAGGUGGAGUUCAACAUACAAGAUGUUGCGUACUGCUAUAGCUUACAAGGAAGCUAUUCAAGCAUAUGCUGAUGCAGAUUUAAACUAUAAGUGGGAACCUACGACUGAGGAAUGGGAUUUGUUUGUUGCAAUUGAACCAAUUCUUGCAUCUUUAGCUAAGGUAACCACUGCAUUGUCAGCUUCUUCAUAUCCCACUACAAAUCUAUUCUAUCCUCACAUUGUGGAUGUCAAGAUUGCAUUGAGGGCAGCAAUGUUUUCCAAUAAUUUAAAUUUGAAGAAAAUGGGUACUGCAAUGAUGGAAAAAUUCAACAAGUACUGGGAAGAAAAGAAUAAUGUUAUGGUGGUUGCUACUAUCCUAGAUCCGAGGUAUAAGAUGAGAUAUAUUGAGUGGUGCUUUGGUAGGAUUUUUGAUGUAGACCAAAGUGGAUUUGAGAUACAGGAAGUUCGAGCUGAGUUAGAAAAGUUGUAUGAAGAGUGUGAGUUGCAGCAUAGAGAGAAAAAAGCUGCUCAAAGCAAGUCCAAUGCAUCCUCAUCCUUGACGAUUGAUAGAUCGUGCGGUUUGCCUUCUGCUUCAUGUGAAUUUCAGUCAUAUUUAUCAUCUACUGAAGCGAACCCAUCAAAGAGUGAGCUGCUCAUCUAUUUGGAUGAGCUAAAUGUGAGUUUAGAAGACAAAGAGUUUGAUUUGCUGAACUGGUGGAAGGUUAAUUCACAUAGAUUUCCGGUGGUGUCGAAAAUGGCAAAGAAGUUCUUAACUGUUCCGGCAACCUCUGUGUCUUCAGAGUCUACUUUUAGCACUGGGGGUAGAACUCUAGAUGACUAUCGUAGUUCUCUACGCCCUUCUACGGUGGAGGCAUUGAUAUGCGCAUCUAGCUGGAUUCGAGGUGCACAUGAUGGAACCCGUAGAUAUGUGGAAGAAGAUGAGGAGGAUGACAUCGAGAAUAUUUCAUUUCCAAAAAGCUUUGUAGAGAGUAACUAGCUGGAGAGUGGAGACAUCAGGACAUGGAGAUGGAGCUGGUCAGCUGGACUUCGCCGUUGCUUGCUGGAUGUGGAUGGUGCCUGGGCGGCUGGGCGCCUGGCUGCCUGCUUUUGUAGUUUUGUGGAAUGCUUGGAGGCUUGGAGCUGGACUUGGGUGGCUUGCUGGUCUGCUGGAUGUGGAUGCUGGAUGGUGCCUGGGCCUGGGCGGCUGGGCGCCUGGCUGGCUGGCUGGCUGCUUUUGUAGUUUUAUGGAAUGCUUGGAGGCUUGGAGCUGGACUUGGGACUUGGCUGUAGUCUGUAGAUGAGUCAUGAGUAGAUAAAUGUUUAGCUCAUUAGUUGUUUUUUAUCU